GAGCGCUCCGAGAGUAGAGAGAGAGAACGAGAGGAGGGGGGAAAGUCAGCAAGCGACUAAGAGGGAGGGGGGAGAUCAAGUGUGUGACUAAGAGAGAGAGAGAGAGAGAGGAAGGAGAGGCCACACUGAUAUAACAACUGCAAGAAAAAGUGUAUGCAACCGUCCUGAAGAACACACAAUUAAGAAGGCACCAUGGCUUCAGAGGAGCUCUACGAGGUAGAAAGAAUAAUAGACAAGCGGAAAAAUAAAAAAGGGAGGAUAGAGUACCUGGUGCGAUGGAAAGGCUAUGACAGCGAGGACGACACGUGGGAGCCAGAGCAGCACCUAGGCAACUGUGUGGAAUAUAUUCAUGAGUUCAACAGGCUUCACACAGAGAAGCAGAAAGAUAUGCCUUUAAUGCGAUCCACUCGAAACUCUCCUAAUAAUGCAAGAAAACAGAUUUGUAGGCCUUCCAACAGCUCUUUAACAAAGACCUCUCCAAAGGCAAUGGUAAUGAAUAAAGAGGGUGACAUAAAAAAUAAUAACCAAGUGUUAACCAGUAGCCAGAAGUAUCGCCGGACUACAGCACAAUCUGUUGCUGGAAGGAAAAGCAUGGAUCUUGCCAAAUCAGGAAUCAAAAUCCUUGUUCCUAAAAGUCCCAUAAAAAAUAGGAUUGUUGAGGAUGGUUUCCAGAAUGAUAGACCAGACAACCUUGACCAAAUAGAACAGGAUCAGGACUCUGUUCCUCGUGAAAUCAACAUUGAAAGACCUGUGUGUGCUUUGUUGGGACCUGGUGCAGAAAGGGCACGUAUGGGGACCAGACCAAGGACACAGCCUUUAGUGCCCCAGGUACCAGUUGCAGCUGCAACAGCUUCAGCCUUAACAGUCAAUGGAAAAGGUACAUCUUUGUUUAUGGAUGUCUUACCAGAGAAUGGUACAGCCAGCAUCCAGACUUCGGUGACAGGAGUUGCAGUGGGAAAGCGACGAUUUGAGGAAAGACAAGCUUUUGACAAGAGACUCAGGUUUAGUGUCCGUCAAACUGAAAGUGCCUAUCGUUAUAGAGACAUUGUUGUCAAGAAACAAGAAGGCUUUACGCACAUUUUACUCUCCACAAAAUCUUCAGAAAAUAACUCCUUAAAUCCAGAUGUAAUGAAGGAAGUCCAGAGUGCACUAAACACUGCAGCUGCUGAUGACAGCAAACUAGUAUUACUAAGUGCUGUUGGCAGUGUCUUUUGCUGUGGUCUUGAUUUUAUUUAUUUUAUUCGUCGAUUGACUGAUGAUCGGAAGAGAGAAAGCACUAAAAUGGCAGAAACAAUAAGAAACUUUGUAAAUACUUUCAUCCAGUUCAAGAAACCAAUAAUAGUGGCUGUGAAUGGUCCUGCAGUUGGUCUAGGAGCAUCUAUACUGCCUCUUUGUGAUGUUGUUUGGGCAAAUGAAAAGGCCUGGUUUCAAACACCAUACACUACAUUUGGACAAACUCCAGAUGGGUGUUCAUCUCUCACAUUCCCAAGGAUAAUGGGGAUUGCAUCUGCUAAUGAAAUGCUCUUCAGUGGGAGGAAAUUGACAGCGCAGGAGGCGUGUGCGAAAGGACUGAUUUCUCAAGUGUUUUGGCCAGGGACGUUUACUCAAGAGGUGAUGGUGCGCAUUAGGGAGCUAGUCUCUUGUAAUUCAGUUGUAAGUCAUCCUUUCAUUUUUGUUGUUUUAAUACAUUUCAAAUAUUUUAAUUAAA